AAUAGCGAGGAGGGAAACCUGCUCAGCACGGAGCAGAUUCACAGAACAGACUGAGGGCAAGCUGUUAAAAGUGAUGUACAGAAACAGACACAAGCAGAGAGCGAGACAGGUAUAGACUUAGAGACAGGUAUACCUACUUGACUACUGAAACAAUAAAGAGACAGACAGGCCCAGAGAUACAGACAGACAGACAGUCAACAUAUAGUGUACUUCACCUUGACGUAUACUGUUAUAGGAUACAGCACGGGAUGUAAGCAGACACACUGAGAAAGACAAAGACAUCAGGCAACAGGAUGUUGUCCAAAAAAGAGCAGCAGAGGACAUUUGGCAACGGGCGGCUGAGGGACCAAUGGGAGAAGAGAGCUGAGAGCGAGGCGGACCAGUGCAAACAAGAGGCUCAAUGGAAAGAGAAGAGUUCCCUCAAAGUACUUUUCUCAAAGUGGAAUUUUCACUGGUCGUCUGUUUCCAAUGGAGACAAGACGGGAGGUGACGUGUCUGACUUCAGGAAACUCACCAGCCGCACAGAUGAAGCGGACAAAACAAAGCCGAAGAUUAAGUUCAAAGUCGUCCCUCCUCCUCCCAAAUCCAAACCUGAGCCUGCUCCGCCUCCGCCUCCGCCCAAGAGGAAACCUUCUCCCAAACUUCCCCGGCAGAAACGCAAAGUGGAGGUGGACGUGUUCCGGCUGUGCUGGAGAGAGUCCUGGAUGAGCCUGAAGCCUCCGAAGUAUCUUUACCUGAAGGCCAAAGAGUUAAAAACCAGAAUCCAAGGAUUCACAAGCAUCGAGCUGAGUAACAACAGGAAGUACAAACCAAAGGCAGACAGACCGGAGGCUGAACCGACGCUCCCUGCUGACGACUGGACUCACUCUUGGAAACAGGUGAAGAGUCCGGGGCAGACGGAGCUUUCUGAGCCGGAACCGUUCCAGUGGGAAAUUUUGUUUGACAGGAGAUUACUUCGCAAAACUGAGCUAGAAGAAUAUUCUCUUCCCGUCUGGGCCGGUACGUGGAAGAUCAUGAACUUUGCCUUCAGACAGCAGAAGCACUACUGGGAUUGUGUCUGGCCUGAUUACCAACAAAGACUCAGCGACAAGUUUGACCAACUGCAGCAGCUGGAGGAGCAGGACGAGCCUUCAGACUGGGAGGAGUCAUGGAAACUGUCCGGAGCAGAACUGGAACCAGAAGACGACGAGACCCAAACGUCAACCUCGAGCGCAGCGAGGACGAGGAUGAACGAGGUCUUCCGUCCCGGGUGGAGCAGCUCCUGGCUGCUCUCUGCAGCUCCGCUGGACGAAGACGAAGAGCGUCGGCAGAACUGGAGAUCCUGCUGGGGAUACGGGCAGCAGAUCCGGUGGUGCGAGGCUUCGCUGGAGUCCCAUCACCAGCACAGCAAGGUGAUGACGAAGAGACGCGAAACCACGAACGUCCUCCUCACUUCACAGCUUGACGACGAGAUCGCAGACAGCCAGAAGUGGACGGAGGCCUGGAGGACUCCCAAAGGAUGGAUCCGACCGGAGGAGGAAGAAGAGAAGGUGGUGGAGGAGACAAUGGAUGACACAGAGGGGGAAGAGGAGGAAGAGGAAGAGGAAGAGGAGGAGGAGAGUGAAGGAGUGAACAAUGAGGAGGACGUAAAAGAAGAUAAGGAUGAGGAGAAUGAUGAGGGAGACAAAUACGAGGAGGAGGAGGAGGAGGAGGAGGAAGAGGAUGAAGAGAAUGACGACGAUGUGACAGUCAACAAAGAAGAGGACGCCGGCCAUGAUGAGAAAGUGGACGAGAGGGAGGAAGAGGCAGAGGACGAAAGGAAGUUGUGUAAACGGGUCAAACGUAAACCUGACGUCCCGCUUCAUCUUCAAUUCCACAAACUCCACACGUCCUUCUCCUCCUGGAGGAAGUCGUGGAUGGUGGCGGUGGCUCACAGGGGAGGAGAGGAGAACGAAGGGGGGGAUGAGGACGAGAGGGGGGAGGACGAGGACGAGGAGGACGAGCGGUGGGCCUGGAGAGAAUCCUGGAGGAUUUGUCGCUGGAAGAAGCCGGACGAGGACGAGGUGGUGUGUUUCUCCACCGAGCAUCGGAGUCAGAGACACGUGGGACUGAUGCCUGGAGAAGACGGAACGCCGAAGAGCGAGUGGACGCUCAGCUGGAGAAAUCGGUCUUAA